AUGCAAAGAAAAUUUCUCUCUCUUAUUUUAAUAAUUUUUCUUGUCUCUAUUUUAGAUUAUCCAUUACGUUCUCCAUCCAGUACCAACAUUCAUCCGAAUGCUCGAUGGCAACAAAAUGGUAUCACUGUGGCUGGAGGAAAUCGACAAGGCAAUGGAAUCAAUCAACUCUCAGCCCCAUGUGGUUUGUAUGUUGAUGAUGAUCAAACUGUAUGUGUUGCUGAUACAUCGAAUCAUCGUAUUGUGGAAUGGAAACGAGGUGCAACAAGUGGCCAAGUGGUUGCUGGUGGAAAUGGACAAGGAAGUGGAGAUCAUCAAUUGUAUAACCCAUAUGAUGUGAUUAUCGACAAAGAGAGAGAUAGUCUCAUCAUAUGCGAUUAUUCGAAUAGAAGAGUGGUUCGAUGGCCUCGUCGAAAUGGGAAAAGUGGAGAAACAAUCAUCUCCAACAUCGCUUGUGUGGGUUUGACAAUGGACGAGAAUGGAUCUCUCUAUGUCACUGAUGUUGAAAGAGAUGAAGUGAGACAAUAUCGAAGAGGAGAAUCUCAAGGAACAGUGGUUGCAGGUGGCAAUGGAAGUGGAAAUCGUCUCGAUCAACUCUCUUACCCAACAUACGUAUUCGUCGAUCGAGAUCAUUCAGUGUACGUAUCUGAUGAGAGAAAUCAUCGUGUGAUGAAAUGGAUGGAAGGUGCAAAACAAGGCAUUGUCGUGGCUGGUGGUCAAGGAUAUGGAAAUGAUCUUGCACAAUUGUCAUCUCCUCGACGAGUCGUUGUCGAUCAAUUGGGCACUGUCUAUGUGGCUGAUUUUGGGAAUGAUCGAAUCAUGCGUUGGCCUAAAGGAGCCACACAAGGAAGUGUCAUUGUUGGUGGAAACGGUAAAGGAGAACAAUCGAACCAACUCCAUUGGCCCAUCGGUUUGUCAUUCGAUCGACACGGGAAUCUCUAUGUCGUCGAUUGGGGAAAUCAUCGAGUUCAGAAAUUCGAACUGCAAUCAAAUCCAAAGUGA